GCCACCACCAUAAGUGCCACCAGAAAGAUAAAGAAAAAAAAAAAAGCUACAUGUAAUAUUGACAAAAGUAGAAAAAAAUAGAAGAGGAGUAACGAUAAAGGGAGAAGUCGAAAGACGAAAGUUUGUUAUGCCUAGAACUUCGUGAAGACUCAGGUCAGGUCAACAGGAAAUCACGAAGAAAAAUGUACGGCGGUAGUCACCGUGAAUCCGAAUCCGACAGCACCAGGAUGCACAACGACGAAGACGAAGAAGACGAAGAAGGUUCCUUCAAGAGCUGGGCAAAGCAAACACAAGAAAGUUAUCAGUUACAGCUCGCACUUGCGCUUCGCAUUUCAUCUCACUCAUCUUCUCCCUCUCAAUCCAACUGCUUGUUGGACUCCGAAACCACCUCUUCCCCUUCCGAUUCCCCCCAAUCACUCUCACACCGUUUUUGGGUUAAUGGUUGUUUGCAAUACUCUGAUAAAAUUCUAGAUGGUUUUUACCUAAUUCAUGGGAUGGAUGCAUAUACAUGGACUAUAAGCACCGAUAUGCAGAAUGUUGGUACGAUUCCGUCAUUUGAAUCACUCAUGUCGGUUAAGCCAUCUGAUAACUCGUCAAUUGUAGUGGUUGCUAUAGACAAAUCUAGAGACCCUGCCUUGAGAGAAUUGCAAAGUGGUGUAUUAAGUCUCUCGAGUAACUGGAUUACGAUCAAAGAUGCAACUGAUCAGCUUGCAAAUCUUGUUUAUAAUAGGAUGGGAGGAGGAUCUUCCGACGAAGAAAAUUUAGGUACACGCUGGAAGGAAUGCUCUGAAAUUCUUAAAAGCUGUCUACAGUCUAUCAUUCUUCCUGUUGGAAGCUUACCUGUUGGCCUUUGUGUCCAUCGAGCAUUGCUGUUUAAAGUGUUAGCGGAUUUAAUCAACCUACCGUGUCGAAUUGCUAAGGGUUGCAAGUAUUGUAGAAAGGACACGGGUGCUUCUUGUAUAGUGCAAUUUGGUUCUGACAGGGAGUUUAUGAUUGAUUUAGUAGGAAGGCCCGGGGAAACAUACCAACCUGAUUCUUCAGUGAACUCUGCAUCUUCCAUGUUGAUCCCUUCACCAUUAUGUCAUCCAAGGUUCAAACCAGUUGAAACAGCUGAUUAUACAAAGGCAAUGGCUCAAUUGUAUUUCUUGGACAGUCAGGCACUACAUCUUGCAUUUGAUACCACAUCAGGUGGUACUUUUGAUUGCAGUGGCAAUAUGGAUCUACAGCAAACUGAAAUGUUUGGUGCAAACUAUGCUGGGGGCAACCAUCAUAUUGUUGCUUUGAGUCCUGGAGCUCCCGGCACAGAGGAACAUUUGUCUUUCAAUGAUUCAAAUCAGUCUGGAAUGAAUUAUUCAAGUCAUGAAGUUGACCUUGAGGAGGAGGAUCUGGACAUUCCGUGGAGUGAACUUAUUUUGAAAGAGAACAUUGGGACAGGGUCGUUUGGAACUGUCCUUCGUGCGGACUGGCGUGGCUCUGACGUUGCUGUGAAGAUACUUAAGGUACAAGGUUUUGAUUCUGAACGAUUUGAAGAGUUUCUAAAGGAGGUCACACUCAUGAAGCGCUUGCGUCAUCCAAACAUUGUACUUCUAAUGGGUGCUGUAAUCCAACCCCCGAAGUUAUCAAUUGUAACAGAAUAUUUAUCAAGAGGAAGCUUGUAUGAACUUCUGCAGAUGCCAACCGUUGUAUCCUCAAUUAGUGAGAAGCGUCGUUUAAGUAUGGCAUAUGAUGUGGCAAGUGGAAUGAAUUAUCUUCAUCAAAUGAAACCUCCCAUUGUUCAUAGAGAUUUGAAGUCUCCAAAUCUUUUGGUUGAUGAUUCAUACACUGUUAAGGUAUGUGACUUUGGCCUUUCACGUACAAAAGCAAAUACAUAUCUUUCAUCUAAAACAGCUGCUGGAACUCCUGAAUGGAUGGCACCAGAAGUCAUCCGAGGUGAACAAUCAGAUGAAAAAUGUGAUGUAUUCAGCUUUGGUGUAAUCUUGUGGGAACUGGUGACCCUUCAACAACCAUGGAGGCAGUUAAAUCCUUCACAGGUUGUUGCAGCUGUUGGUUUUAUGGGCAAAAGGCUAGAAAUUCCAAGGCAUGUGAAUCCUCAAGUGGCUGCCUUGAUUGAGCUCUGUUGGUCUGCGGAUCCAAGGAGGCGGCCUUCUUUCUCCUACAUUAUGAAAUAUUUGCUGCAAAUAAUUGCCGACGCGAAAGUGUGAAUUAGUUCCUGCAGAUUAACAUCAACCACUAUACUAAUGAUAAAUAUCAAUAUUGAACAGUAUUAUACUUGGAUUACAAUUUAUUCAGGAUCUUGCUGAAGAGCUGAAUUAUGCUGGUGGUUUAGAGAGCAGCAGCCUACCUUUUAAUGUUCUAUACAUAUACAAUAUCAUUACUCACACAUAUUCUAUAUUACUAUUUGCUUUGGCUGAUGUAUGUUGGUAAUUCUUUUUAUCAUUCUUUUCGAAAAUGCUAUUUUUUCUCAACAUUGUCAUUACAGUGGGAAGAUAAAUGUAGAUAAGUGCUCAAUAAUAUUUUAGCUAUUUUUUGUCGAUUC